CCACCGAGAGGUGUGAGGUUUGCUCUGUACAAGGAUGGAGAGGAGGCACCUAUGGGCACCAGUGAGUGGACUCAGGAUGGAGCAGAAUUCCCUUUGAUCCACGUAAGAGUCAACCAGACUGGAAAGUAUAGGUGCCGCUAUCUGCUUGGGACAGACAGCUCUGUCGUGGCGCUGCCCAGUGAUUCCCUGGAACUUAUAAUACAAGAAGAGCAGAACAAAAGUCUUCUCAAGAGAGCCAUUCUCAUCACUGCCUUCAGCUGCGCCUCCAUCCUCUUCCUCCUCCUCUUCUUGACUUCUGUUGGUCAUUGCCACGCCCAGAGUGUGGUUUCACACAGAGAGACUUCCAGAAGAUCCCCAAGGUGCCUAUGUUGUUCUUGGUUUGUCUGCUUUUCUUCUAAAUCUGGAGCUUCCCAAGAAGAGACCAAAUAUGCCCAAGUGGCCAAGUGCAGACACUCAAGAACACCUGUCCCUGAGGCUGAAGACCCCGAGGGACUGAUAUAUAUUCAACUGAAUCCACCAGCCCUGAAUGAACGGCAGAUAGCCCCUGUGAAGACAUGCCCUGAUCCAACAACAUACGCAACUCUUGCCCUGCGUUGACGGACAACAACUUCUCUUUGUGUCUGUUCUUUCCUAGUAUCCUUUAUGGAUCCCCACCAAUGUUCCUUUUCCUAAAUGUGGGCACCCCUUGGUUCUGUUUGGGCCUUCUCUUUACACACACUUCUGGUGAUCUCCUCAGCUCCUCUGGGUUCUGCCAUCAUCACCCAGAUCCUAGUGUCCAGGUCCUAGUCUAUCUCCUGAACUCUAGGCCCACAUCACCAGUUGCUGAUUGGAAAUUUCCAAUUGGAUGUCCUACAGGCAUCUCCAACUCAACUGUUCUAAGCAGAAUUUUUCAACUUCUCUCCUCUCUAAACCUCCACAAAGCAUCUCCUUUUUCCUAUUGAAGGCACCAAUAUUCUCCUGGUCCCCCAGGGCCCCAACCUGGGAGUUAUCCUUAAAUUAUCUUUCUGCUCAUCCUGUCACGGGCCAAUUCUUUUCAAUCUUACCACCAUAGCAUAUUGUUCAUCUAGUUCCUUCUCUUUCCUUAAGUUGUCACUGUUCCAAUUCAGGGCCUUGUCACCUCUCUCCUAAACUAUUUCAAUUGCCUACUAAGUGAGGUUUCUGUGUCUGGCCUCUCCCCUUUCCCAUCCAUCCUCCAGAAAGCAGUGAAAUGAAAUUUCUUAAUGCUCAGGUCUGACUCCAUCGCUCUUCUGCCCAGAAAGCUUUUGUGUUUCCCUUUUACCUUUAGGAUCAAAUCCAACCUCCCCAGCUGGGCAUUUAAAGCCCUCCACUAUCUAACUUCAGCAUGCCUUCCUAGGCUCAUUAUUUGUUGCUAGCCUUUACUUUCACUACAUUCCAAACAAACUGGCCAGUCUGCUGUUCUUCAAGCCUGAGUCCUUCUCCCAUCUCCAUGCCCUUCCAAAAGGAUAUCUCCACUGUUUCCCCACUCUUGGAAUGGAUUCCCACCUUGUUUGUGUCUCUUAGAGUUCUUCAAGGCUCAGCUCAAGGAUAUCCUCUCACACAAGACCUCUCCAGAUUCCUCCCUUACCAGUAUGUUUUUUAGUCACCAUUUAUGUAAACACUGAACUUAACAAACACCAAUAAAAUGAACACUUCUGUAUACAAAGCAGAAAGAGAUUUGGAUAUGAAAUUAUU